AUACAAAUUUUUGACUGCCUUAGCAACACCAUUUCGCUUCAAAUCUACCACACCCCGAACUGAUACUGCUUGAAACGGAAUACAAAUACCAGCCAGCCAACAUGGAAAGCUAUGGCAACAUGACGCCGUCAGAUCAAUACCUCAGUGGUCUAAAACUCUUCACCCUUCUCGGCAGCUUGACGCUUGUCACUUUUCUAGUCUGCCUCGACACCUCCAUCAUGGGUACUGCUAUACCACGCAUUACAUCCGAAUUCCACUCGCUUCCAGAUGUAGGCUGGUACAUUGGUGCUUUUACACUUGCUUCAGCGACAUUGCAACCGCUUUCUGGCAAGCUCUACACACAUUUCAAUACUAAGAUUGUGUUCCUCACGUUCGUGUCUUUGUUCGAACUCGGUUCCCUACUUUGCGGUGUCGCCAGCUCUUCGGCCGUCCUUAUCGCAGGACGAGUGGUUGCCGGCUUAGGAGCGUCUGGCAUCGUGAACGGCGCCAUGACGAUUUUAGCAGGGGCUGUGCCUGUGGAGAAGAGUCCAGUGUACACCGGUAUAGUACUUGGAACUGCGCAAAUGGGCAUCGUCGCAGGACCGCUCAUCGGAGGUGCUCUUACUGAGCAUGCAAUCUGGCGCUGGUGCUUUUACAUGAACCUACCCAUCGGCGGAGUGGCAGCCGCCCUCAUCGCUUUCGUACCCAUACCCGAACGCACGAAGAAGCCACGCAUCACCCUGUCCCUCGUUCGCAAGAUCAUCCCCGAUCUCGAUCUGCUUGGAUUUGCGCUCUUCGUCCCCCCCUCUGUCAUGCUGCUCCUCGCUCUCCAGCUAGGCAGUGGUGGCAAGUACGCCUGGAACUCCUCUAUCAUUAUUGGACUAUUCUGUGGUGCAGGGGUGUGCGCCAUUCUCUUUAUACUUUGGGAGAGGAGAAUGGGCGAUCAGGCUAUGCUUCCAGGUAAGCUGCUUGCACAGCGAGUAGUCUGGACGAGUUGCGUAUACGCCAGCUGCAUUAUCACUUGUAUGAUGACAGCGAGUGUGUGGAUGCCGACGUACUUUCAGGCCGUGAAGGGCAAUGGACCGACUGACAGUGGUGUACACAUCUUGCCAAGCAUCUUGAGCCAGCUUCUCGUCGUUAUUGCUUCAGGUGCUGCAGUAACGCGCACGGGCUACUAUCUCCCCUGGGCGCUCGUCGGCGGUAUCAUCACCGCCAUCGGCAACGGUCUCGUGUCAACGUUCACGGCAUCUACGAGUACCUCGAUUUGGAUCGGCUAUCAGAUUCUGUUGGGCGCUGGACGAGGAUGCGGCAUGCAGAUGGCCAUCAUCGCAGUGCAAAACGCCGUACUACCCGUCCAAUACCCGGUCGCCUUGGCCAGUGUUGUCUUUUUCCAGAACCUCAGUACAUCUAUCGCUGUCGUCAUCGCGAACACGAUCUUCGCGCAGACACUCCGCUCCGCUGUCACACGCUACGCGCCUACAAUAUCGCCCCAGGCGGCGCUUGAUGCUGGAUCUAGUGCCGGUGCUGUGCGAGCCCUCGUUCCGCCUGAACAACUAGAUGGCGUGCUGAGAGCGUACUCGGAGAGUCUGCGCGAUGUCUUUUACUUCUUAGUGGGCAUAGCAUGCCUUGCUUCCCUUGCCAGCUUGGGUAUGGGUUGGAAGGAUAUCCGGAACAAGCGCAGCAAAGCGGACACAGAUGUGGAGAUGGAUGAGAAACGUGAGGCCGCGAACAAGUAGGAGGGUCAUGGAUUUAGCUAUCUGAAAGAUUGGCUUGGUGACUGUGAUUUUCAACUCAAGACGUUGGCAACAAGGGUUUUGUAUAUUCAUGGGGUUUUACUUAGCAGCCCCCAUCCAACCAUGUAUACGUUCCCAUAUCUCAUCACUGUUCUUCUCCAUAAACAUCAUAUGCCCAUUACCAUGAAUACCGACUUUGCCAAGCUCAAGAUGUUCAGCCUUGGAACAGCCAGCUUGCUUAAGAAAGUUGACCGUACAGUAGUCGUACGGCGCGUGGUAGCUA